UAGAGCUACAUGUGGUACAGGCAGCAUCUUCCCUCAGGCUCCUGAGAUCCGGCGGCAGACAUGGCAUCACACAGAUCCUGCUCCCCAGCCCCUGAUCUCCUCCAUACUAACGCACUGACGCUUCUCAUGGACAUACAGCACAAGAAAUUUGUCCUUCACAGACUCUUUUUAAUAGCAAAAAGGUCCCCAGAGCGAGCCGAUCCUAAGGAUAUAACAGAACACUAUGAAGGCCUGUUCCAUACCAUGGCAAAAUCCCGCCUUGGAGAACCAGUCUCGGGCUUGCUGCUGAUUUACCCACACUGCACCGUUCAUAUUCUAGAGUCGUCUGGUGAAGCCCUGUACGCCAUUAUCCAAGACCUUGUGCAAAUGGAGCAGCCUGGAGCUCACUCGCUGCUGCAGGACCCCAAGAUCCUUGUCAUGUCACGUUACAUCCCCGCCAGGCUUUUCCUGCAAUGGCAAUUUCUCCUUGUCAGCCUGCCCAUGACUUACCUGGACAACAUUGUGCUGAAUAAAACGCUACUAACCCUGCUGGAGGAAUGCCUGGCGCAACUGCUGAAACUGGCAGUGUAUUGGUCUGAUGCACAGACGAACAAUAACACAAGCCAAGAUCUGAACAGCGACCUGCAGCGACUUUUAGUCAGGGAGGAAAUAGUCAGUGCCCUCCUCCAUUCUCCUGACCUGCAGACUCCAGCAGAGUUCCUCCAGAUGUACAGCAGCCCUUUCCAUAUCUCCAGCGAAUCAGAUCAAGUGUGGCCAAUGGCCCAACAUACUCAUCUGUAGCAGCAAGAGAAGCUAUAAUCCCCAAGUUGGCCAUAUUGUACUAUUAAUUACAUGCCCCUGCCAUGCGAUGGCUGAUGAAUUUCUCUGCACUGUAAAUUAAAAAACAUUAAUUGUGCACAA